UCCUCCUGACUGAGCAGCAACAUCGAGCUCCGCUCAGCUGCGUUGGCUUCACUUGCUACCCCUUCUUAGGCUGCUUGAUGUGUAGCCCAUAAAUUACCAGUUAAUCAGUUGCUAUUCAACUGAAAUCCUUGAUUAAGCUGUUCAUUCAGGGCUGGGGAGACUUGUCAUAGAGAUGUGGAAAGGAUUCUGUUACUGCAUCACCCAUACCCGCAGCGGCGGGCAGAAUGGGGGGCGAGCAGAAUUUUCUAAAUUCAGCUUUUUCUGUCUUCCCGCUAAAUGACGGUUGCAAUUGGGAAGGCGUCACUCCUGCUGCAUUUGGAAACCUUUCCCCUCCCGGUGCCGGAGCGCUGUGCCGUAGCUCAGGUGUUGGCAGCUGGAAGCUGGAAACAUUUCUCCUGAGGAAAUUGGUUUGGGCUGCUGCUCAGGAGUCCUUGAAAAGCACCAGAUCAGGUUUCGUUGACAAUUGAAGACCCAUCCUUGCCCGGUAAGCAGGUGCUUAGCUCCUGCCUGCUGCACACUAGGCUGGUCAUGCCAAACGUGGGCUCACGGACGGUGCUGGUGCUUUGUCGGUGGCAGUGUCGGGGAUCUCCAGAUGUUUAGUCAAAAGAAAUUACCAAAGCUGCAGUGAUACCAAAUCCUAGUUUGUUACUACAAUUCAUUAAAUGUUGUCUGUGCUAUUAUGAAGCACCUGCUGUCUGAUUUUUAUUGUAUAUAUCCUCCCACUACGAGACUAGUUUUGGCAAGCUUUUAGUUCUCUGUGGUUUUAUUUAUACUAAACGUUUCCUUCAAAAAAAUACCAUUUGGUUCCCAUUAAAAACCGGAAGUUCUGAGAUUUCUCCUCUGUCCUUUCCAGGAUUCCUUUCGCCGCACUGGGUGUCUGUGUGGGAUGCGGGGCGGCUCGGUGGGUCACAGCACCGCCGGGGCUGGGCUGCUUGCCCCAGCCUUGCCCUUGGCCAGUGCCUGGCUGGUUCCACGGAGCGCGGGGGCUGCAGCCCUGCAGCUGCCUGCCCGUUCGACGGAGGAAUCCAGUUCUUGGCCUCUUCUGCUGGCCUGACACAGGUCCUGCUCAAUCCCACCCACCGCGUGUCCAGCCCUCGCUGGCCUCACCGCGCUGGCAGCGCUUUGGGUCCAGCUGAGCUGGCCCGAUGGCCGAGUGGGCUGGCGGGGGGUCUCCCUGGUGCCGGUGUGUGCCCUUUGCCACAGCUGCUGUGGGACAGGGGGGUCUGCCUCACCGGCCCCAUGGUGUGGUGCUCGUGGCCCUCCCCAGCUCGGCUCUGUGGUCCGUUUAUGAUGUGCUGGAGCCAGAUCCUGAGCUCUGAACUGCAAAGUCCUGGAAACUCAGAGAAAAGUCUGAACAUGCAGUGGGAAUUCUUUGUGGUCCCGCUAAUUCUUCCCUCUUGGUGUUUCACUGCUGAUGGGAAUAGUACGUGCCGGUCCCCAAGAAGAUCCAAGCCUCGAUGUCCAUCCUCCUUUAGAAAACAUCUGAAGUCAAGGACGUGCAUCCCUACGAGGAGACGCCGUCCUCCCCUUCUGCCCCAGCGCUUUGGGACGUGUGAGCAGCUCUGGGAGCAGCGGGAGUGGGAAGAUGAAGGUGGCUCUCGGGGUGCUUGUGCCGUGCCUGGUGCUGGUGCUCCCCUCUGCAGCGCUCCCAAGGAAGGGGAGCGGGCGGGAAGGGGCUCCUGCAGUGAUCCGCCUGGAGCGGGGGCUGCCGGCAGAGCUGGGGCUGGAAGCAGAGGAGGGAAAGAGAGAAAAUGUGAGUUUGCCGGAAGGAGGGCGACCCAGCUCGGCAACCAGAGCCAGAGUGGCUGCUGCUGCUGCUCCCCUCUCCCCGCAGCCCGACCCGGGAGCAAAAUGCCCGCAGGGGGUGGCGGAGGCUGGGGGCACCCCCUGGCCGGGCUCCAUCCUGCACCCCUGGCUGCUCGGGGGGCUGGAGGGGCCAGUGUGCAAGGUGAGAAUGGACCAGGGUGGGCCGGCCCCGAGGCACCUGGAGGUGGUGGGUGUUCUCACCCACUACGAAAGCAACUUCAUCAAGCUGUUGAGCCAGCGCAGCAGCUGGGACGAGAGUGACCUGCGGACCUUCGGGCUGUGCCCGGCGGGGGAGGCGGGUGCUGCGCUGCAGCCCCUGAGGCACAUCCAUGCGCACGUGCUGGAGCCGGGGCAGGAUCGUUUCCUCGUGCUGCACCUGGAGGAAGUGAAGUGGGAGGCGCGGGUGCUGCUGCGGUUCAAGCUGGCGUUCCAGGCGGCCGUGGGCCGGCGGCUGGGAGAGCUGCGCGCCGCUUUGCUGCUCUUCUACCGGGGCAGUGGGGCGGGGGGCACCGGCCCCCGCGGGGGUCUGCUGGCUGCUGGCACCGGGCUGGCGCGGGAGCAGAGCCUGUGCCUGGCCGGGGACACCCAGUACCUGGUCCUGGGAGCGGCCGUAGCGUCCGUCACCCGCAGCAGCGAGCAGCUCAGCUUCCAGGCUGCCCUGGCCAUCCGGCACCGCGGCCAGGGAGGUGCCACCCUGCCCCCCACGGAGACCCAGCAGCUCCUGUUUGGCUCCGAUGACAAGUGCUUCACCAGGAUGACCCCCGUGCUGCUCCUGCUGGCCGAGUCCCUGCAGGAGGAAGAGGAGGUGGCUUUAGCCCCUUCCUCCUACCUCUCUGCCGAUGGGGUGCUGGACACAGCUCCGUACCCGCAGCUCAGCCCAGCCCAGGCCGGGACCGAGUGGCUGCCGUCACCCACCGCCCCGAGCCCAGCCAACACGUCGUCCCCAGAGCCCGGCGGCAGCAGCCAGUUCCUGGGCAUCCUGACCCAGUUCAUCCGCCAGGUCCUGAGCCCCUCCAGCGAGCUGCCCACCCAGCCCAGCUCCCACCACUGGCUGGACUUCCAGGUGAUGGAGACCCUCCCUCACCAACUGCUCAACUUGUCCGAGGAGGCAGCGCUGGAGCGUCUGGUGCAGUCGGAGGAGCCCUCGGUGCUGCUUUUCCCCCAGGACAGUGGAGCCGUGCUGGAGCAGCACCUGGGGGGCUGGCAGCCGGAGGGGACCGUGCUGCAGCUGCUGAUGGGCAAGCUGCAUGCGGUGAUCCAGGAGCUGAGGGACAUGCCAGCUUUCCAAGCCAACAUGGGGCUUUUCCAGCACCUCCUGAGCUUCUGCUACUACCCGCCAGGGCCAGCUGAGGGUCAACCCGGAGACCGGCCGCCUGGCUCUGGGAAGAUGCACGCGCUGCUGCUGCUGAAGGCGUUGCAGACGGUGCGGGCGCGCUGGCAGGAGCGGAGGAAGGUGCUGCGGCAGAACCGGAGUGCACGGCAUCAGGCCCACUGCCGCCUGCAGGAGCUGACCAUCGACCUGCAUGACCGCAAGUUCAUCGUCAUGCCCACCGUCUACGCGGCCAACAACUGUGAGGGUCCCUGCAAGCUGCCCCUCUCCACCCGCGUCCCCAGCUACUACUCGCACACGGUGCUGCUGCUGGGCAUGCAGGAGCGGGGCUCGCCCCUCCAGCGGGCUCCCUGCUGCGUGCCCAUCCGCUACUCCGACCAGCUCAUCAUCAGCCUCUCCACAGAGGGGCUGGAGGUCCGCAAGUUCCCCAACAUGGUGGCCGAGGAGUGUGGCUGUCGGUAGAGGCACCACCCGCCUCCCCACUCACCGUCAUCCCGUCCCCCCCCGCCAGUUCGCCCUCGCAGCUUGGGAGCUGGUGCUUCUUGCUCAGACGGGUGCUCCCCGUGUGUCCUUGCCCCACGGUUUGUCUCUUUAGCGCUGCUCUGGUUCUGGGUUCAUCUGUAGCCGUGCUGCUCCCUGGGGGCUGCUCUCCAGCCCCACAUUCCCCUGCACCUGCUCCUGAUGCCCGAGGUGCCCGUGGGGCUGUGUUGCAGUGUGACUCUGACCCCACAGCAGGGUUUGGGCUGGAUACGGGUGCCCCAGGGCCACCGUGGGAGGGUAAGGCUUGGCAGAUGUGGCCAGGACUACGCUUAUUCAUCCCUUCCUUCUGUUCCCGUAGUGGCUAGGCAGGGCAGCUGUUGGUUCCGCCAAGCCCCCUGACUUGCAGCAUCCUCUGGCUGUUUCCCAGCCCACGGCCCCUCGCCAAGCCCCUGCCAGCCACCCAGCUGCACCUGCAAAAGCAGAACGAGAGGCCAAAUCCUCUUGCAGGGACCAGCCUUUAUCUGGGGACCUGCCCCUGUGUGAGCCAGGGGCCAAGGGCUGUCAGGGUCCCGUCUGCAUCGCCCUCUGCUGACCCCACUCCUGGGGCGCUGCCAGAGC